GCUAUGGACUUAUUUUAACUAAAAUAGAUGGAUAACUUCACUCCGAAUGGCGUGACACGUAGACUAUUGCAGGUCGGUAACGGGCGAUGCAAAGAAGAAACCAGAAGUGCAACAUAUGGUGGAAAUCCGUCACAUGAUUUGAAAUCCGAGACUGUUGCAAAGUCCCGAUCGAGUGAUUGUUAUUCAAUGUCUCUUUCCGAUGACGAAAAAAUUGACAAUAAUAAUUAUUAUCCGAAUGAAUAUUUUCCGAAAAGUAUGACGUCGAAUAUUUUGGCGCCAAGGAUGUUUAAAAUCCAACCGUAUUUUGAUAACAGAUUGCUUCGAAGUGAAAUCCUAUCUUCUGUAAAAUGGCCAAAUAGUAUUGAAGACCAGGAAAGGGAAACGACAAAGUCAUCUUCGAAUCCUGCCAUAUCAUCAUCAAUAAGCGAAGAAGAAUAUGGCGACAAAAAAAGAUUUUGUGAAGGAACUCUACCGUCUAAAUCAAAGAAACAGCAAUAUUUGCACGUUCCAGACCAAUCUUCGUGUCCAGAAAGUAUCGGUAAUUCGUCAGGGAGCAACAAUAAUACUAUUCCACCAAGCGAUUCUCUGCCGCACCACAGAGAAAGAUUGAGUCAAUAUAGAAAGAAUUUUAUGAAAGCAAAACACCAGUCAUCAUUGCGAGUAGAGCGGGCAGACAGAGGUGCAGAAAACAUUGAAAAAAAUAAGUCGAGUCCGUCUAUGUUGUAUGCUGUAUAUAACGCACAGGACCUUGAUGUCAAACCUGAAAAAUUGACUCCAUUUUCAACAAUGACAAAAUCACGUGACCUAAGUGCGACCGAUAUAAACAGGCCAAGAGACUUGAAACUAUGCAAUCAAGAACGGAAUGCAGCCUCAUUGGCUAACGUAGGUUCCUGGCUAGCCAAUCAGAGCUUCGACUAUAUUGACUCGUGUUACACCUUACAAUCCAGGAGUAGCAUGAGUCCGCGCUAUCAAGAUUAUCACAGAAGAACUGAUGAAAUAUGUUUUGAAUCACCCACUGCUCGGGACAUCACUUUCAAUGUUUCAGGGCAAUACUAUCGAAUAGAUCCCAAAGUAUUAUCUCGUUUUCCGAACACUAUGUUGGGUAAUCAAGAAAAGAGGGCCAAGUACUGGGAUUCUCUAAGAAAAGAAUAUUUUUUAGAUCGCCAUCGUGCUACUUUCGAAGUUGUGAUUGAUUAUUAUUUGAAAGAUGGAAAAUUAACACGACCAGACGACAUUCCAAUAGAUAUUUUUAUACAUGAAUUAAAAUUCUAUCAUUUAGAUAGAGAUAAUUUACACAAUUUUUUACUCUCUGAAGGUAUCUUACUUGUUGUAAAAGAAAAACCAAUGCCAAAGACAAAAGUAAAACGUUUUAUUUGGAAUCUUUUUGAAGACCCAGAAAGUUGUACAAUUGCUAGAGUGGUGACGACAAUGUCCGCAUUAGUAAUUGCACUGUCUGUUAUAGUGUUCUGCAUGGAGACUGUUCCGGAUUUCCAUUCGUUGGGGGAAGAGUCUUUACAACAUAUCCAACCGGCGUUGAACAGUUGCGAAAAUGCGUUACAAAAUAGAAGUGAUUUAUUUCAGCCUGAAGGUAACUUAUUUGCAAGAGCAACAUUUGAAAAUUCAAAACAUGAAGACAUUCGCGAACCUCCUUCUUUCGAAAACCAUGAUACAAUUUCAAAAUCUGAGUUUAUGAAAGUUAUGACUGAAUCCGACCCCAGAAAACAUAAAGAAGGACACGACAUAACCGGAAGGACAUCGGUGAACGAAGAAGCGGAAAAGGUCGGAAUUACGGACGAAACAACAUUUGAUAAUUUUGAUGGAAAAACCAUUGUCUCGACGAUGCAACGUACUUUAUCGAUUUGUGCGGAGGAAAGGGAGAUGGAUCUAUUGAAUAAAUACACAUUACUUCGAUGUAAAGUCGAACUUGACGAUGCAUUUUCAACGGACGAGACUCCUAUCGUUCACAUAUUUCAAGAGGUUGAAGUUCAUGAACACGGACACGACGACGAAGAAGAAAGUGAUGACGAUGAUCACCACGAGGAAAAUGAUAAUAAAAGAAACAAGAAACGAGAAAAAGCAAUGAAAAAGAAACGUAAAAAUCGCCACGAGAGACAGAAAAAUGAAAGCCAAACCACAGAAACCGAUUCGAACAAACGGAAAAAGCGCAAGAAAAAUAGGAAAAAUCAAAAUCAUGGAGAAGAUAUAGUCAAUCCUAAAGAUGUAAAGCUUAACAAAGAAACAAAACGAAGCGUAACAGUAAAAAACGAGACAAAAUUAUUAACUUUAAAGCAAACUAUACGAGGUUUAAAUCAAUUGUGUUCAGAACUAGACAAACAUUCAAUACGAUCUUCCUACGCAUGGUUUGUCUUGGAGGCAACUAUCGGAGGUCCGGCAGGUCAACUAUUUUUGAUUGAGUCUGGUUGCAUCGUCUGGUUUGUCAUUGAGAUCAUCUUACGAUUUUAUUCAUGUCCAAGUAAAAUUAAAUUCUGUACAAAUUUUUUAAAUAUCGUCGACGCUGUUGCCAUUAUGCCUUAUUUUAUUACACUCAUUGUGACGAGUCUACAUACAGACAGUAAUUUACGGCCACAAACUGCAACUAUUCUAAGAACUAUACGUCUCGUUCGUAUGCUCAGGAUUUUAAAACUUUCUCGGCAUUCCAGAGGAUUGCGAAUACUAGGACUAACGUUGGUCAGAAGUACAAGAGUUCUGGUCCUGCUUGUCUGCUUUCAGAUGGUGUUAGCAGUUACUUUUUCAAGCAUCGUUUAUUAUGUUGAAUACGACGCUGAAGGCUCUCAGUUCAAAAGCAUACCAGGGUCGUUCUGGUGGGCGAUUAUCACCAUGACAACUGUUGGGUACGGGGACGUUGUUCCCAUAACAACAUGGGGCAGAAUCACUGGGGCAUUCUGCGCAAUCAUGGGAAUUCUUGGAAUUGCAUUUCCUGUUCCUGUCAUCGUGUCAAAUUUUAAUUAUUUGUACAAUCUAGACAGUGACGCAUGUAAGCUGACCCCUGAAGAAUUAAUGGGAGAAACGGAAGAGAAUGAUAGGAAUAACAAUGUUGAAAAAUUUCAGGAAAAUUUGUUCGAUGCUGUCCGUCGUAACGUUGGUUCGAUGACGACAGGGGCACAAGAAGGUCAGCCCACUGGUCAGAAUCCUGCGGAAUUAUGGAAUUAUACAAGACGUCAGUAUCAUAGUGGGGACAAAAAUAAACCGACAAAAGUUCAAAAUCAACCUAAACCAAACAAGAUUGCGAAAGAGCUUAUCGCAAUGGCAACUGCAUCAGCUUUGACCGUCAGCUUACCAGAAUCUACAGCUAUUUCGUCCAGACAAAGUAAAAGAAGAAAAGCCCAAUCGCUUUAAAUAAUUGGAUGUGGUACAGAGAGUACAGAGAGUACCGUCCAAAGUUAAUUUUCAAAUAUCCGAAUACUCCUUGAAAUAGUGGAAAUAAUUCCAUUCUGUAUAAUUUGUUGCACUUUUGCUCUGUUCCAUAUCAUUUUUCUUGCUGCCUUAUUCGCCGUAUUCAGUAUACAUUUAUUCUUUAUCAAUCUAAAUAUAAAGUUUUAUGAUCACGGCUAGUUGUUGUUUGAUUGAACAGAAACUUUAUUUAUUUUUUGGUAACUUCAAAAGAAGUGCUGUUCACUUGGUCUGCUUGCAACCACCCUUUCUUGCAAUGUUAUUUGCUGUAAACACGUUGUUAGCGCAUUUUUAUAUCACAAGUUGACAUACAUACUAAUUGGAAACCAUUAAAUUCGGAUGGUCUGAUUAAAAUUCUUAGUGAAUCCAUAUAGCGAAUAGUAUAGUAAAUGGUGUAACGAUACAAACUGAUAUCUAAUCACGAAAAAAUGAAAUAAAUUUAUUUAUCAGUAAAGAGUCAUCAUUCAGAUAUAGUGCCAAUACAAGACUCUCUUAAAUCGUUAUGUUUUCGGUCAAUAUAACCUGCACGUGAUGAAUACUAACUACUCUCUAUGAAUAAUACUCUAUAGAGCACCGAUCUUGUUGAGACGAUCGACGGACAAGCAUGACGUAGCCGGUUGAGCGUGACGCAAUAAAAAGUGAUUCUAUGAUUUGAAAUAACAGAAAAAAAUUCUAUUUGAAAUAUUAUGUCCCAUAGAGUUCAGAAAAAAUGAGCAAAUUUAAUUGAUUUCUCAAGGCUUCAGUCAUUUCUAUUUGGUGAAAAUUUGAAAACGAUUGAUCCAUCGAUUUUUUCGAAAAGCGAUGUUUCACCGACGAGGGCAAAAAUUUGGCAAAACGUUUCAGAAGAAUUCACACCUUGACAGCCUUUUUGAAUUUUCUCCGGUACUACGGUUACGGCUGCCUAUGAUUAGGAUAAAAUAAGGCCAAAUUUAAAAACCAAAGUACAUGUUAUGACUAGCUUUUCAAUUUAUCGAACUUUCAUGAUUUUUUGCUCCAUUUCUACGUAAAUAUGACAUUUUGAUUGACAUUUUAUCAUUACACAUUUUAAGAUAUGUAUUUCCAUUUUGAGUGUAAGUGUCCAUGUAGACCUGCAUUCUGGAGUAAUAAAGACAGCAGUAUCUAGACAGCAGCUCUACGUUCAGUUAUGAUUAAAAAGACAAGAUAUCUGCAGAACAAUUUUAUAUUUCACGAAAUAAACAACGAGUAGAAGAAUAUUAAUAAAACCAUGUACUAUAUAUGGCUCUUGUAGAAUUCGUACGACAAUCUCAAUGACAACUGUUCGUUGAAACAAAUAUUUCCACAAAAAUCUUUAGAAUUACACAGCUGCUGUAAAAAAUGAUAUUUGAUAUAAAAUUUGAAGAAAUCAAAUAAGUAUUUAAUUGAAAAUUUCAAACGCAAGACAAUAUAUCUGUUAUCUUUAAUAAAUGCCCUUGUAAUAAA